CAUAUAAUCAAAGCAUCUCCUACUAAUCUUGGCCCCAAUUGGUGUUGUCUGUUUAAAUACCAAGACACUACAAAAGCCGACCUCUUCGGCAGCGGGUGCACCAAUGAACUGAUUAAGCAUGUUGAAGGCGUAAACACGUUAGAUAUAAAAAAGAUAGAUAAAUCGACGCUUACUGGCAACCAUACUUUCCCUACAGUAGGGGAAUAUAAAAACAUGAUGUAUUGUUGGAAUCGUGUGUCUGAAUGCCAGGAACCAUUCGCUACUGUUGUAGUUAAUAAACCUUGCAAGCAACCCAUUGUCGGAUUUGMGACUUUAUCCCYAAACAAAACGCGGAUUCAAGAGUUYAAAAAAUCUGAAGAKGCUGUUAUUUUAACAGACAACACAGUUGAUUGCGAAGCAUCUAAARAGUCAAAGUUUACAUGGAAGUGUUAUGAAGUCGACAGURAAACAUUUGCAGAAAAUGAAUUCAAUUUGACUGGAAUUASUACCGGUUCAGAUACAUCAACAUUAACUUUCAAGAAAUUAGCAYUGAAAUAUGGGUUAUACAAAUGYUGCUUCACACUGAACAUGACARAGAUGRUUGGGGUGGAGGGCUCAGCAUGUGGAUAUUUUAAAAUCACCCCGUCGCAAUUAAUCGCCAAAUGUAAGGGAGGUUCAUCUAGAGUAUAUGGCUACAACCAAACGAAAGAAUUAGACUGCACAGAGUCCGAUGACCCUGAUACAGCGGACAAAACAGUAACAUCAGAUAACAACAUCAAAUGCAACUUCUUCUGUAAAGCCGAGGGUGAUAAUUACACUUUUCCUGACUGCAAURRGCUCGAYGAARAUMAUUUGCCGCCAGUUCCCUCCAAGCCAGUAAUAACAGGGAAUGMUACUAACAUCACUAGACCGUAUCUCGGAGGCUGUUUCGGAUACGGGCCUGGACGRCUGGAGUCUAAAUCUCAUUGCAGAGUGAAACUGUUUACAGGGCACAUGCUCGAAAACAYGACGUACACCUUAAAAAUGUGUAUGCGGCAUAAAGAUGGUAGAAAAGCUGGCACCGAACAAACGUGGAAAAUCAAGGAAGGCAACCCCCCAGUGAUGCUUAUUUCAUGUGCGACGAACUGCGGCGAAAAGCUCAACCCCAGUGGAAAAACAACUUUUACGUGUAAAUGCGAAGACUGCCCCUCAAACACACAAGUCUUCUACAAAUGGAGUAUUUGCAAGGAUGCGUCCAAAGAAAAUUGCAAAACGAUAGAUGACAAAGAAUUAUUGACAAAAUACUUAGACACGGCGUCUCUAGAGGGAAGGAACCUUGCUGUUUCUGCUAAUAARCUUGCAGGAGGUAUUAGCUACAGGUUCAUCUGUCGUGGUUGGCGUGGAAGGAAGAGCGGUACCCCUGGUGAGGCUAAUGAAAUGAAAACGGUUAACGUUCCUCCCCAAAAAGGUACUUGUACCGUUAGUCCGACGACGGGUACYUCCAUGAAUACCACCUUUACGAUCACGUGCAAAGAUUGGGAAGACACAGAUAUGCCGCUGACCUACAGUUAUGGUUACGUAAAAAAAUGCAGCGAAAAAGRUACUCCUAGUGUUCUAGAUUCGSAUCUGUCCUCGAGUGAGUAUARGGUUCAGRUGCCUGUAGCAGGUGACAAGAAAGACAAUCAUUUGUUACAUUUCACGGUGCACGUGGCUGAUAAAUACAAAGCAUUCAAUAAAACUGUCUGUAUUCCUGUAACGGUUAAAGAGCAAAUUAUUGAGCUUAAAGAUAUGGAAAAAUUAAUGACGAAUAAUAUCGAAAAUAUGCUUGCGUCUGGAAGCGCUUCUCUGGCACUGAAUUUAGUCCGUGGCAUAGGCGACCAGUUAAAGWCUCAAGCUGCUGCAGUCGGUGAAAAAACAACAGAUGGCGAUGGAGGUGGCCAGCCUGCCCCGACCAAAAGCCCUGACCAGUUAGAGAAAGAGAAGGAGAAACGGAAAGAGCUUGUAAAACAGUGCAUAGAUGUUUUGGUCAAAGUGCCACCCAAGACUCUUUCAGCGGUCGUAUCAACAUCGCAAACGUUCAAUAACAUUUUGGAAGUCCCACCUGACGAAGUUAACGAAGCAGCAAAGGUACGUGGUCUAAACUAAGUUACUGCCUUAACACGAAUGAAGACGAGGAAUAGUUUUCGAAUAAAAUUUUAGUUCACU